AUGAAUAAAGUUCUCGAGCAAUCAGAGAUUAAAGAUCGGAUAUCAAGAGGUCAAGCAAUUGUCAUAUAUGAUGGAUUAGUUUUGAAACUUGACAAAUGGAUUAAAUACCACCCUGGCGGUGAUAAAGCUAUCCACCAUAUGAUAGGACGUGAUGCUACGGAUGAAAUGAAUGCAUAUCAUUGCGAUGAUUCCGUUUUGGACUUCAAAAAGUGGAGGAUUGGUAAGGUUUCAGGAAAAUGGACAAACUUUUUGCCUCCGAUCCAAGGUGGGACAUUCGGUGAAGACUGCGAGAAUGGUGCUUAUACCAGGAAAUGGCGCGUGAAUGAGAAGCAGGACGAGUUUUCAGAUCUAACACAAAAAAAAAAGAUGUGCGGUGAGCCAGAUGUCAAACUCUAUCCCAAGAUACCACAAGGCGUCAUUCCGUCUCUCGAUUUAACCCAAGCUUAUGAGCAAAAAAUUGUCACUGAUCCAGCCGACAUGGCAGAGAAUUUUGAUAACAAGCUGGUGCGCAGUGACUUGGCGAAUUUGCCCAGCCUAGACGCGCAAACUCAAGCUUGGAUAUCGGAGGAGUAUAACAAGAUGCACAAGAGGAUCAUUGACGCUGGGUUGUACAAGUGUAACUAUUUACGCUAUGCCAGGGAAGCAGCUAGAAUUGGGGUGUUGUUCGGAAUCUCUUUUUAUCUGCUCUUUGCCUUGAGGUACAACUUCUGGAGUGCCGUAUUUAUGGGCGCCGCUUGGCAACAGCUAGUAUUUAUUGCUCAUGACGCAGGUCAUAUUGGAAUUACUCACAACUACCAAGUUGACAAUAUAAUUGGAAUGGUCAUAUCAUCAUGGAUAGGCGGUCUUUCGCUCGGAUGGUGGAAGAGAAAUCACAAUGUUCACCACUUGGUGACCAAUGACCCAAUUCACGAUCCAGAUAUCCAACAUUUACCUUUUUUUGCUGUCAGUACGCGCUUGUUCCAUAAUAUAUAUUCCACCUAUUACGAUCGGUUUUUGUGGUUUGACAAGCUUGCGCAAAAGACUAUUCCUCUGCAACGACUGCUGUAUUAUCCGAUUUUAAGCUUUGGCAGGUUCAAUCUUUAUAGGCUAAGCUGGGUGCAUGUAUUAUUUGGACUGGGUCCUCGGCAUGGUAAGGCGGCGUGGUUUCGGUACUUCGAGCUUCUAGGCUUGGUUUUUUUUAACUACUGGUUUUUCUACUUGGUCUGUGGGUGUGGAUUGGAAACAGCAUGGGAGCGUCUGCAAUACAUUCUGGUAUCUCACAUCGCGACCAUGAUAGUGCACGUCCAAAUUACCCUCUCUCACUUUGCGAUGUCAACUUCCGACCUAGGCGUUUCAGAGAGCUUUCCUAUGCGACAACUGCGGACGUCCAUGGACGUCGAUUGUCCUAGGUGGCUGGACUUUUUUCAUGGUGGACUCCAAUUCCAAGUCGUCCACCAUUUGUUUCCACGAGUCCCUCGUCAUAAUUUGAGGAGCGCUCAACCUUUUGUGAUUGAAUUUUGCGAGAAAGUAGGUUUGACUUAUUCGAUUUAUGGAUUUACAAAGGGCAAUGGCGUGGUGCUUAACAAGUUGGAAGAAAUUGCUCAACAAGCUAGAACAAUGCUUGAAUGCGCGAAAAGUAUGGAGAGUGAAUUUAUAGGUGAAAAAGGUGAUACAACUCCCGUGACGGAAGUUUCGCAAAGACGUAAGUUAGUGUAA